CCGAAAUUCAGCUUCUCCGAUAACCAUAAAGUGUUCCCACAUCACUCGACAUCUACAACAAUCAAAUCACCUCAGACACAAAUCCUUCGCACGACAAUGAGCCAGCUUUCAGACCUCGAACUCGUAGCGCAAGCCAUGUCCGGCUCAGAGCAGCCCCCAGCCUCCAAUGGCACAGCUCAAACAACAAACGGCGCCCACGCCGGUAUAAACCUAUCCUCACUGCCAAACGUGGACCCCUCCUCUCUCCUCCCCGCCGACCUCGCGUCUCUCCAUCCCCUCCUCGCAUCCCUAUCUCUCUCCCCAGAAGAUCUCGACAAUCUUGACGAGGGAGAGAUCGGUGCUAUUCUGGGACAGCUGGAAGCGGCGGAUGGGGUGGCGGAUGAUUUGGAGGGAAAGCUGGAUAAGUUGUUGGAAAUGCUCGGUGGGGUUGAGGAGGAGAUUGUGGGAGGGAAGGGUGAACUGCAAGAAGGAGAGUCAUUGCAGAAGACAGAGGGCGAGAAGAAGACGCCUGAAACCGAAGCAAAGACUGAAGGAAAGAAGCAAGCUUAGGUGGACGGACGAAGCUUGGCAGAAGAUUACCGAUGGUGUUCAUACUGUAACUGCAACUAUAAUGACUGUGAUGACCUUCCAGUACAUGCGACAUGUGAUACAUAGACAA